AUGGGCCGGGGCAUGUUAGAAAGCUGCCGAACAGGCUGGUGGCAGGAGUGGGGCUGCUGGUGCAGUGGGAGCUGGCUCUCCUCAGAGAUAGGCGAGCAGCCCAGAUCUGCAGCAGCCCUUAACCCAUCUCUGGAUUUCCCCAAAACUCUGAGGAAAAGCAGCCAAUCUGCACAACAGAGUAGCUAUAGGGAAGAGGCAUCAUUCACCCUCGGACAGCAUGAAGAGUUAGAGGCUCUAUUGAGCCAGACCAUGCUCCAAAAUAAUAACCUCCAGAGGGAGCCAGCUUUGAAACAGCCUACAGGAGAAACCAGGAAAGGCUGGACCCUCUGGGGUGUGCUGGAACCUGGUGUCGUGGUGAGUUGGAGAGGACAUGAGGGUUACAAUGCAGCUGUUUUCCCCCCCGAGGAGAAGCCUCACACACCUUCAUUAAGACACCACUAUGUCCCCCUCCCCACACUCCAGUUUUGGUUCAGAAACAGGAGGUUCAAAUCGGGGAAGAAGCAGCAGCAAUAAAGUAACCACUAACCACCAAACCAGAUCCUUGCAGCUGAGAAGAAUGUGCCCACCUCCCCCAGUAUUGUCAAUCCUUACUCUUUCUCUCCUGUGGCUCCAGGAUUCUAGAACCCCCUUCUACCUCAGCCUAUAAGCCCUUCCACUUGGUGGGCACUAUCUUCAUGGAGUCCCACAAGAGAGUCUCAAAUGUAAGACCCUUAGUUGGAGUGGCUGGUGGACUCAGUUCCUGCCUUGAAUUCUGAUGCCUGUGAAGCCCAAAUCCUAGAACUUAGUUUUCCUGACAAUGGUGAGAUAUCCAGCUCUUCCAUCCACAGCCUGGAUCAAUAUCUUUCACCUACGCGGUUCCAGUUACAAGGACAGGGUUGCUCUUUCAGGACAUUUGCUGGCCCAGCUGUUGUUCUAUCUCCCAGGCAAACCUGGUCGAGUAGGACAAGCCAAGUCUUCGCAGCCUGCAGUCUAUGAGACAGCCCAGGGUUCCAGAACCCCUCCAGUGGGCUGGAACUUUGCAUUUCUCUGACCAAAGUACUAACAAAUAGCAGACCAUUUAGAAAAGACAUCUUCUUGCCUUUUACAUGUGACUAUCUUCUUUCUUGA